GAAUGACACCUGUGACAUUCCAAGCAGAGUCGUAUAAAAAGACGCUUUUUGGUUUCUUUUGGUUUAGGAGGAAAGUGUCAGUGCUGGGAGAAGAUCUCCAUCCAGACGGUAGGAACAGCUCUGGAGUACACAACUGUCCGCCUCCAUUAUGCGGCACUUCCUUUUCCUCAUGGCGGCGGUCAGCCUGAUGCCAGCAGCCGAGUCCGAACAGAUAAACGGGUCCUGUCCCAUCAACUACUACGGAAAGAAUUACACCCAAUUCAACGUGACUUUUGUCAACAAUGUUGCUGCAAUGUGCUUUGGCACAGUGGAGGGACCCGACUGCAUGAUCCUUACAUCUGUGACCAAUUUAACCGGUGUUACUGUGGAUACUAUAUUUACUGAAACGGCGUCGAUCCCACGGCUGCCAGAUCUUGUUGGGACAUCACCAUGCUUCGUCAGAGUAUUCCUCGGUUGGCUUGAAAUCAGCUUCAAAUUCUACACAUUCAUGAAGCAAGGAGUGGUUGAAAUUGAUAAAUUUGACGGGAACUUGACGACCGAGGUUGAGGGACAGCUGGUGGACACCUGGCAGUUGAAAAACUCAUCCAGAGCUGAAUAUCUGAGCGGCUGCAGAUUCAUGAGUGAACUAUUUCUACCGAACACGACAACUUUCCAAGUCGGUGUAGGCCUGGUGAAUUGCAACUCGAUGGCUUUCCUCACGAUUUCUGAGAUAAGGGAUCGCAGCGUGUGCACCGUAACCGGCUCCACCGUCAUCGAUUUCUCCGGACAAUCCUCGCUAGUGGACGACCGCUGUGCUUACACGUUGUACUCCAACUCAAGCAUCCAUGUGGCGGCCGUUUUCAAGGAACGCCGUCGUAAAGACGUUGUGUUUCUGGACCGCGUCAUUAUCGAGCUGCUGGACUUGGACUCUGUUUUUCAAUUGGGACCAGGUGUGAAAGUUCUGGUGAACAACACUAAUGUGAACAUUAGCAGUGUGUCUGAAGAACAUGAAGAGUUGGAGCUCCACCAGGACCAGACUGGAGUCACAGCCACCAUAUACAAGUCUGACUACAACCUCACUGUUUUCUUUAACGGAGACACUGCUCAAAUUCUCUUGAGACAUCCAUGGCUGUUGGAAGAAAACCUGGACAGUCUCUGUGUCAACUCCAGUUUAACUUUAAGUGACGUGAGGUCAUCUGAAAUCAGCGACCAGGGCUGUGAGACGCAGUACAGCGAGCCAGCUGACGAGUCCAUCAACUGCACCACAGUGAUAGAACACUGUCAGGUCCUCAAUGGCACUGACUUCGCUGACUGUCACGCCGUUGUCGACUCGGGGCCGUACAUCGCAGCCUGCAACCAAACGUUGUGUCAUUAUCCAGAUGUGGACGGCCUCAGGUGUGAAUUUCUGGAGGCGUACGCCCACGCCUGCAGCCUGAAACAGGACCACAUGUUGGACGACUGGAGAACCAACGCCAACUGCCCUGCCCCUAUGGCCUUCUGCAAUGACACACACUGUGUUGAUCACGAGUUCUGUGCUGACGGCAUCAACGGUCAAAUCAACUGCUUCUGUCGAGCCAUUUUUGCCUCCGACUUCAGGUCCAACAACACCUUAGGCGAUCCGGCGGUCUGCAUGGACAACACUGGUUCAAUCACUCUGGUUGGUUGUCUCCUGGAAGAAAAAGGCUUCAGAUACACGGACUUGCACCUCAAUGACGACUCUUGUGGAGGUCACAGGGACAUGGACCACAUGGUGACCUUCAACUUUAGUGACAGCAACGCCUGUGGGACUGUGGUCACGGCCAACGACAGUGUGGUUUUGUACAAGAACACUGUCACUGGAUUGAACACCUCUGAAAUUGUUGCCAACUUUGACAAAUUCCACGUGAACUUUUCCUGCUACCAGAACCAGCCGGAAGUCCAGAGUAUUCGCUUUACAAUCAAAGAAAACUCUGUCGCCCAGCAGGUCAAAUCUGAAUCUUGGAAUUACACUCUUAAGAUGACAGCCUAUAAGGAUGCUGGACGCACACAACCUGUGAUGUCAGAAACAGAAAUUCAGUUAAACCAGAGGGUCUGGGUAGAGCUGAUGACGGAAGGUCUGAAUGACAAUCUGGUGUUCUUGGUGACCAACUCCUGCUGGGCCACGAACGGCUCAGCGCCUUACGAGGGACUGAGAUACGACCUGAUCUCUGACGGUUGUCCGAGCCCUGUGGAGCCCUCAGUGAACGUGAUGGACAAUGGAGUCGCAGUCUCCAACAGCUUCACCUUCAACAUGUUCCACUUCACUGGAAGAAGCUAUGAGGUCUACCUGCACUGCGCAGUUGCACUGUGUCCCAACCAGAGUGGAGACUGCCAGCCGAGUUGUGGUGGUCCUUCUAAGAGAAGACGACGCAGGGGUGCCAGGUCUGAAUACGUUGAUGAAAGCCCCGCCCUCAUCAGCAUGUCUUGGAGUAACUAAGCUGCUUCUGUGGCAACGCAAAGGGUGCGGACCUUCAGAACGAUUCAAGACUUGGUCUUGAGGGUCUGGUCACCUGAUCUCUGCUCUGUUUGUCCUCUCAAGCUGCUUCUAUGGCAACGCAAAGGGUGCGGACCUUCAGAACGAUUCAAGACUUGGUCUUGAGGGGAAUGUCUAUUAGAAGAAAUUCUACGUCCACUUUUAACUGGAAAUGUUGGGAUCGGUUUAAAGUUUUAAGGCUGUGACUCUUUAAUGUUUACCACGGUAUUGUAACAUGGUGAAGGGAAAAGGACUCCAUGGCUAAUCAAUAAUCACAUAUCACACAGGAGUGCAAACAAUGUUUUACAUCAUCAAGAGUAAAUUCAGUUUAAGCAGUCCUAAUUACGACAACUUUUAAUUAAAACUGUUUCAUCAUGUGAUCAUCUGGAAUAAAGAUUCUAUACCGCAA